AUGUUUGUUGCUGCAUUUUUUCAAAACUUCUGUAUGAACAUUUCCUCAAGCAGGCAAAUCAAUCGAAUCCGUCUUUUGUAUUUCAAGAGUAUUUUGCGGCAGGAUAUCCCAUGGUUUGAUGAACAGUCCUCUGGAGCACUAAUCAGUAAGCUAUCUCAGAAUAUUGAUAUCAUUGAAACUGGGAUUGGACCAAGAUUUGGAGAAUUUGUAAAAUAUAUAUCAGGAUUCAUAACGGGCAUUGUGAUAAGCUUUGCUGAAGGAUGGAAAUUGACUCUUGUUGCAUGUGCAAUGUUACCUAUUAUUUCUGCUGUCUUUGGUUGCUUUGGAUUUAUCAUGAAAUAUUUCACAUUCAAAGAAAUAGCUGCAUACGCUCGCGCAGGUUCAAUUGCUGGAGAAGUAUUGGAGUCUGUACGUACUGUUGUCGCAUUCGGUGGAGAGAAAAAAGAAUCGGAAAGGUAUAGAGAACAAUUAGGUUUGGCUGAAAAAGUUAGCAUUCGGAAGUCAACAGCAACUGGUGGAGUGAACGGUGCUAUAGGAUUGACAAUAUUCUGUUCCUCUGCUUUGAUAUUUUGGUAUGGUAUUAAAUUAAUCAUUGAAGAAAAUUACAAAUCUGGAUCAGUUAUCCUGAUAUUUAUUAACGUUCUCCUUGGGAGCAUCUUUCUUGGUAAUGCUCUACCUAGUUUUCAAUAUUUCAUGAAUGCUCAAGCGUCUGCCGUUGAAAUUUAUGGUACAAUCGAACGCGUUCCAAAUAUUGAUAAAAUCGUACUGGAAGUCUUAUUCCAGAGUUUUCUGGAAAUGUGGCAUUCAAUAAUGUCUCGUUUGUAUAUCCAAGCCGACCAGAUAUUACAAUUCUUAAGAAUUUUUCUCUAA